AUGGUGAUGGAGUUGCAACGAAAACGACGACGACAAAAUCCACCAAGAUGGCUAAUAACGACCCUCCUCGCGACCGCCACUGCUUCGGCGACUUCUCCUACCGCGAUUCUCGCGGAGAGUGUCGCCCCAAGGGUUCGAGCUGGGCCAGUCAGGGGCCCUCGUCAGCUAGCCAGCGCCAACGGCAGAUACAGCACCACCGGAAACAGCGCUUCUUCAGAGGAAUAUGUGUGCCCUGGCGAGACGGCCUAUAUCGCAAACGGUGCAUGCGACGACAUGAACAACAACGUGUAUUGUGGGUACGACGGCGGCGAUUGCUGCUCCUGCACGGCGACCGCAGCUUCCGGCAGCAGGUCGGCCAGCGCCUCUCCCCCUUCGUACUUCAACUGCGUCGACCCCGCCGCGGCUUGCGUUGGUGAAGAAAACGAAGACGGCGGCAGCGACGUCGCCGACGACGCGCAACAACGUUACUCCUCUUCCGGCAGAGCCGCCUCCGCCAGCGACGAAAGCAGCGCGUCGCGUCUGUCGGAUUGCGUCGAGCAGUGGAUCGGAGACGGCGCCUGCGACGACAUGAACAAUAGCGCGGAGUGCAGCUACGACGGGGGAGACUGCUGCUCUGAGGACGGGGAUUAUUCGGAGUGUUUGGAUCCGGACGCCCUUGCUGCUACUUCCUCUCCCUACUCGGAGGAGGAGGAGGAGGAGGAGCAGGAGGAGCAGGAGGAGCACGAGCAGGAGCACGAGCAGGAGCACGAGCAGGAGCACGAGGAGCACGAGGAGCACGAGGAGCAGGAGUCGGUGUUUUUUUCUUCUGACAGCAACACCGCACCGCCAUCACCAUCACCUCCACCGUCCAACGCAACGGAGAGCAGCGACCCUUCGCUCGGAGGGGAGCAGGACGAUCCCGCCGUCUCGUCCUCCUCGUCUCCGCCGGGUGCGUCGAGCCGCGAAACCGUCGACAACAGCAAGCCAACCCUCGCGAAGGCGUUCUUCGGGAUCGGGGCGGCUUGCGUCGUUGUGUCGGGCGUGGCCUUCCUGACUGUCAGCUACUUUCGCCUCGCCGAGAGGCGGAAGCAAGAGGUGGCGGCGGUGAGAAGAGGCUCGAGUCAAGACCACACCCAGGGUGAUGGUGGGGAUGGACGAGCAUCGGGGAGCGCUCCAGCUGUUGCUAGUGCUGGCUUUCCUGUGACCGUAGCGGAUUGACACCGCAGGGUCGGCGGUGUUCCAGCGUUUUUUCUGUCUUCGUUUUUGUAUGUCUGGGGUGGAUCGUUCGCUCUGGCAUGGGAAUGCUGCAGGACCUGUUGCUAGAAGAAGCUCCUAGCAGAAGGAGAUACAGGACAUCGCCGAACCAGAGCAGGAUGGUUGGAUUUUGCAAGUGGGUCGCGAGCAAGUCGUGUCCUUUCUGCCAAUCGGGAUCGCAAAACACGACGCCGACAAGAAGGGUAUGAAACAAAUGCUGUUCUGGCUGUGUGCGCUGGCAGCGAUGGCCUUUUGUUCCCGUUUGUUUUCGAGCACGGGUCGUAUCUAUCCCCUGUUUGUUGGUCGAUGCGGUUUGUGCACGAGUGUUUAUGCACGAUUCUCAUGGGAAUCGCGUUGUUUUUUCAGCAGCGUGUUUUGUUUGGGUGAUGCCUUUUGGUGCGUUGAGCUUGCACCGAAAGGUUCAACCUGCCACCGGACUAGAUGAGACUAGACCACACCCACGCAUCGAUGAGAAACGUCCCUUGUCCAUUUCUUUGGUCCUGACUUCGUAGACGGUAGGUGAAAACCGUUGUUUUGCCUUCGCAGAACAGCCCUAGAGGAAGAGUUCGGGAAUAAAUCGGCCAGUAUUCAUCGUAGAUUACAACCGCCUCUAAGGCGGGGGGUACCAGAGCUGGCGCCUGAUACCUCCUUCGGAGUUUUGGUUCGGUGACCAGUCUCUGUCGUCACUGACGACACACAGGGGUUUUAUUUUGUGGCAGCGGAGGUAGGUGAGCUGAUAGACGGCGGAUAGACAAGUUGGGCAUCUCUCUUUACUUACUGACUGAAUACGUACCGUUUUUUUUUAUUUUAUUCGUGGGUGCCGUGUGAUAUACUAAGCUUUACUCUGAUGAUACUAGUGGCACGAAAAGGUUGCACCAAGCAAAUUUGAUUGGAUAGACAUGUUGGUUGCACGCGUAUUCAAAGUCUUUUGCGCUUGUGUUCCAUAAGAGGUGAUCUGAGUCGUCCGUGCUACAGUACGGUGUCCAGAGUUGCGGCGAGCUAUCGCUCAUGCUUGGGCGCGGUCUCUCUGUGAGACCUCCCACAAAAGCAACCACGGUCAAUGUAUUGUUGUGGUCAUGUUCAACUGUAAAUCAACGUGGGGAUAUAUAAGUAGAUGGUGUGUUGGGGCACCGCGAGCCCUUUUGUUUCUUCGGAGCGAAUUCCCAUCGAAUCGGCC